CACAGAUGGGUCCUUCUGUCCUUCCUGAUACACUUGUAUUGCCAGAAGCCCUUCCAGUGCCCUCCAUCCCCUCCGAAGCUCCGGAGGCAGAACAUCAUCAGGAGGCAGACUCACUGCCUGGACCCUGGCCUGUGCCUUCCACCCCCUCCAGCACACUGGGAGACCCACCAAAGGAGGAAACACCCCUUCGAGGACCUCUACCCAGGGCUGGCCGUCCCAGCCGAUACUAUAGGAGGCGGCGGAGAGGUGGGAAGUUGGCUGCCAGGACCCUGCCCAGGGGCUUUCGUCCGCUGGCUACGGUGGUGGAAGAGCCUGAAGACGAGACAUCCGUAGCCUCGGGGCCAGGACCCCAGGCAGGGCUUUUCCACCCCACUCCGGAGCCUCCCUUGGCUGCCCGGGAUCAUCUUCCAGGAGUCCUGAUCCUCAGUGGAGGACAAGUCAACUACAUCCAGCAGCAACUCAAACUUCGCCACGUCGCCUCACCCUCCUUCCUCUUCGUCUGGGGCCUCGCCCACCAAGGCCCCGACACGCGGACAAGGCCCUGCAAGAGCAGGAGCCGCCUCCCAAGGAGGGAAAAGGAUGUCUUGCAGGUGACCAAGCUAUAAAGGCCACCAGGGAAGCUAUUUCUAUUGGCGAGCAGAGAAGGCCAAAGAGUCUGCCCAGAGCUGCCAAGAACACCGGCAGAACGUCAAGGCAUGGGGGGUGGGGAGAGACACCUGCAUAGAAUGAAAAUCAGACUGGCCAGAGUUCGGCCUCAUGGAAAUGGCCUUCAGUGUUUUACCUGCUUGACUGUUUUUAGCCUUAUACUGUUUUUAUUGUUUUAUCUCUUUUAUUGUUCUGCUUUUGUUGCCCUGAGCAGUCUUGCAUAGGAGGGCAGGAUAUAAAUACUGUAAAUAAAUUAUAUUUAAAUAACCAG